AUGGAGGAGCCAAUGGACACAACCACAAACCGGGCGGAGGAAUGGGACGAGGAAGAGGCCGAGUAUGAAGAGGACGAUGGGGACGACGACAUCGACAUGGAGGCAGCAGAGAUUGCCAGACGGCUAGGAGCGGAACUCUGGGCGGAUAUCAGCAAAGCGAACGCGGAGCGCAGUGCAGCAGCAACAACGACGCAAGGCGCCACGGCUACAACACUUGUCCACGCCUCCACCUCAGCGCAGGCUGGCGCUCCAGCUGGACAAGACGUGCAUAUAUCGUCUGCGAUGACUGGGCAUGAGCACAGGAAACAAGAAGCGAUAAUCGAAACCAUGAAAGCUGUACUUACCCUCGUGGAAAACGACCCACAGGCGAAGGCUGCACUGCUCUCUGCCGCUAUUCCAAAUGGCCCCAACGUCUUGGACCUCUUGCAACAAUGUACGGCUACUGGAACCAUCGCGAGAGGAAUCGCUGGACCUCUCAGUCAAAUCGUCUUGACUCUGGCUAGGUCUCAAGCCCUUUUUGGCAGCCUGAAGCAAUCAAAUGCGUCUGCCAUUCAGCUGGACAAAGGGAAGCGGAAGAGAGAAGAGCUCGACGAAGGCCAGCAUUUGUACCCUCACCCAUACAAGCGUCCAUACGUCCUAGAUAGCGAUCUUCAGCACCAGGUUGUCGAAGCCGUCAGGAUCAUAUCCCAAACUUUAGGUUCUUCUCCAACACAAGUGCUGGACCCAGCUCUGGUUUCCUCCAUUCGUCUUCAGCUGCACCAGGUCUUCCUGUUUGCCGUGACAUCUUCGACAGUCAGUGGUCCGAGCAUGCAUGCCCUGCAGGAAAUCAGCGGUCUCAUCCAAGUCGUGGGUGUGCUUAGUGGGAUCCAGAUAGGACACUCACCACCAGAAUCGACACCUCAACCCCCUUAUCCUCAAGGGCAUGGGUAUCCUUGGAACCCAUCCGCCAUGACGACCGACAUCGGAACGGCUGUCUAUCCGUGUCUGGUUGCUGGUUGCCAUAAGACCUUCUCUCGACUAUACGGUUUACGAGCGCACCAACGCAGCCACUCCUCCCACCGACCACACCGCUGCAGCAUAUGCCCUGCCUCGUUUGCCCGAAGCCAUGACUUGAAGAGACACAUUAAGCUUCACGAGAACAAGGCGUGGAGGUGUGAAGGUUGCCAGAAGAUCUUCUCCCGGCGGGAUGCCAUCAAGCGGCACAAGACAGGCACCAAAAAUCGAGGCCCAAGGAGCGAGCUGUGCCUCAUUGCGGAGGUCGUUGAGGUCGAGUUGGAUGGGGAGGAUGGGGAGGAACUCUUGCGGGAGGAGAGGAGGGCGAAACUGUGGAACGGCAUCGCAGUCAACGAGGCAGCUGGGAUUACCACCUUGACUGCUCGCGGCGCAUACAAGGAGUACAGCACCGUCGACGAAGGCGAGAUAAAUCCGGCGGUCAUUGCAAGCAUCCAGGCCUCGAUUCUCACUCUGCAUGGGCUCCUCCAGACACUGGUGGGGAAUGCCCUUGGCACAUCUGCCGGACAACCACCUACCGCGCCACCAGAUGCCACCGCAGGACAGGCCACGUUGGCCAGCGUCAUCGCUCGUGCCCAGUCACAAAGCCUUCCCUCCCUCAAGUUUAUUCCUUCGACAUACCCCGGCCAGACGCCCUCAGAUCCGUCACUCGCGAGCGAGCAGCCCGCAGACGCUCCAGCUGCAGAGAAAAAUUCUACGGAGCCUCAAACGGUCGGCGAGAACCCUGAGAAUCAUCAGCCAGCUGCAUCCUUAUCGAUGUACGGCCUGUCCGACGAGCAAGCGCACCUUCUCGAAAUAGCCAUUGCGAGUGCUGCAUCAGCUGCGCAGGCUCAGGCCGAGGCCGAGGCUGCACUGGAGGAAGAGGAGGAAGAGGACUACGACGAGGAUGGGUACGAUGACAGCGAGAUGGAGCAGGACAAGGAGGAGGCGCCAAGGCCCGAGGAAUAA